CGGAGAUUUUCACUGUACAACUGAGAGAAAAAGUUGAUUUUUUAUAUCGAAUUUUGUAUAAUAUUUGAAAGUUUGACGCCCCCUUGCCUUAAUCUCUGGAUAAGAAGGGCUUCUGGAGUUGCAAAGUCGUGAAAAAUGGAUAAAAAAAACAAUCCAGAGGUUGAAGUGGCAUGGGCCAUAAAGGCUCACACACAUGCAGAAACAUAUUUUAAGUUGAUAUCAGCAUUUGAUUCAUCAAAGCUAAAAUUGACCAACUAUGAUGAUGACAUUUACAGACAAUUCAAGAGAUAUUUUAAAACUCUUCAGGUCAAAGUUAUAAAAGAGGAAGAAUUCAAAUCAGAGAUAGCAAAAGCACGAUGGCGGCCAUUUUGCAAUCUAUUCAAGAACAAAGUAGAAGAUUAUAAUUUUGGUACUUUAUUAAGAAUCGACUGUGACAAAGGAUAUAAUGAAGAAAAUACAAUAUUAGUGACAAGAAUCCAGUUUCUGGCUGUCGAGAUAGCACGUAAUCGUCGUCAUCUCAACAAUUUGCACAUACCAAAGCAAUCCCCAACAGAAGAUGAAAAUCAGGAAAGAUAGCAGGAAAGAUAGUUUUUUAUUUUUGUGUUUGGGUCUUUAGUAUUCCUUAUUAUUCAUCACAUCAACAAUUGGUUCAUUAGGUCACAAAUUCUUUCUUCAAGGACAAGUAAAGGUACUGUAGAUUGUUAGGAGCUAUAGUCAAAUUUUCAUCCUUGAUAAAAUUUUAUGCUCUACAGCUGAGUGAAAGUGGUUUAGUUAUGUUGCUAGAAAGAGUCAAUAUCCCUGAUCAAAUAUAGAGAGAUUAUAUCUCUUUAAGUUGGGAGAAAUAGUGAAAGAGCCAUUAGUCAUUUUACUGUAAUUAUCCUUGAUCAGGUGAUAAAUUCUCUCUUCAAAUAGGAAGAUAUCGUAAAAGAAACCUAGGCUAUGUUUUUAGUUUUGUUUAUGAUUUUGAUAUUUUUUGUUUAAGUUGAAACAGGAAGAGUUCUUUGAAAAUUCCAGAAUUGUACAGAUAUUAUCCUGAUAUUAUUAAAACCAGUAACGAUAAUUUAA